AUGCUUAGAAAAUCAAAAGGUGGAUACUUUAAUCGCUGCAGCAGCAAACAGGAUGGAUAUACAGAUUUAGCAAAGCCCAUAUGGAAGGACUUAGACCAGAUGAAAACCAUCAAAUGUGUGGUCGUCGGAGAUGGUGCCGUAGGAAAAACGUGUCUGCUUAUAUCUUAUACUACUAAUCAGUUUCCCUUCGAGUACGUUCCCACGGUGUUUGACAAUUAUGCGGUCACUGUUAUGAUUGGUGGUGAGCCAUACACACUGGGACUUUUUGACACUGCGGGUCAAGAAGAUUAUGAUCGUCUUCGACCUCUCUCGUAUCCGGAAACUGAUAUUUUCCUCGUCUGCUUCUCCGUAGUCUCACCAACUUCAUUUGAGAAUGUCCGCGAAAAGUGGAUCCCAGAACUUGCUCAUUACUGUCCAAAAACCCCAUUUCUACUAGUGGGCACACAAGUAGAUCAGCGAGAAGAGCGUACAGUGGUAGAGAAACUCAUCAGGAAUAGGCAAAAACCAAUCUCGAAGGAAAUGGGAGAAAAAUUAGCACGAGAUAUGAAAGCUGUCCAAUAUGUGGAAUGUUCGGCCCUCACUCAGAAAGGAUUGAAAAAUGUAUUUGACGAAGCAAUCAUGGCUGUGUUGGAGCCCAAACCAAGAAGUAUCAGGGAACGGAGAUGCAAAGUGCUGUGAUAUGGUGGUCAAGCAAGUCUGCCACAACUGCUAAGAUCUUUUCAAAUUUUGAUAAUUCGUCCACCCCAUAUGCAUUUUUCCUUUUUUUUUCUUUUUUUUCUUUCUAGAAGGUGCUUUAACUCAUGGAGACAUCGUACUCGUACCGUGUCGUCGAGUUCAGUAAUGUAGUAAGAAGUUCAUCGCAGACGAUUGAUAUGUGCGCGGCACCUUUUUAUACUCAAACAAUACGAAAAACAAUAUUUUGAGAAGGAUCAACAGUUCACCGAAGUUUUCGAUCUGUAAUGUUUCUAUGCUAAUUUAGUGGACGCGACGAUAGUGUAGUAGGGUCAUCCGCUUCAUAGUGUGCGUAUUUGCAGUUAUGUGCCCUCAGAGUUGACAACAUUAGCUUUCAUUCAGUUUUCUUUCUAUCUUAACUACUGAAUUAUAAGCUUAAACGGUUCAAUCAAUGUGCGUCGUGUUGUGGUGGCGCAUAUAUCAAAAUGGAUGACUCCGCUUCAAGUAUUUUAAUGUCACAACUUCUAUACAGUUAUUACCUGAGUACUUAUUUGAGCGAGUUCUACUAUGUGAUCAAGUCAUUACACGGUUACCCAGUGCUUUUACUUCGCAUGGCUUGCAUGCUUUGUUUGGGAUAUGUAUGAUUACGUGUGAAAGAUAAAAUCAGUUCGGAUG